AUGGAGUACAGGCGAUUUGGGACGGAGGAUGAAGGCGAUGAGGAAGAUGCAGAUCUUCAGUACAUGAUUGAACAGAGUUUGCUGGAGAGUAACAAACAGACUCAACAAACUCAGAUAGACUCCACAAUGAGAGACGGCUGCAGCUCAGGGUCGGACUCUGCAAACAACAACAUCAUCUUCACUGCAAUCAAACAAGGUAACGAGAAGCUCCUGAAGAAGUUAUGUUCUGGACAAAAGGAUCAGUUUCUAAAGACUGACAGCAGAGGUUGGACUCCUCUCCAUGAAGCAGCAGCUCAGAAAAACCAAAGAAUCCUAGAGUUCAUAUUCAAAGCUUCAGGCCCACGCUCUGUGGAUCUUCAGACCCUCCGCCGUCAGACUCCUCUCUUCCUGGCUGUACAAGAGGGUCUGAUAGAAAACGCCAACUUCCUCCUUCAACAUGGAGCUCGGCCGGACACGCAGGACUUUGACCAGGACUCACCGCUGUUUGUAGCUAUCCGUUCAGAGCGCGUUGACAUAGUGAGCCUGCUGCUCCUGCAUGGCUCCAGGGUGAGCCAGGAGGGCUGCCACGGCCGCCAGCCCCUCCAUGAGGCAGCUCGGGUGGGAAAUUCAGAGCUGGUGAAGCUGCUGCUGCAGGCCGGAGCACAGCCGGACCCUCGCAGCCACUAUGGGCUCACUCCUCUGGCCCUGGCUGCUCAGGCAGGAUACCUGGAGGUGGUGGAGACCCUACUGAGGAGAGGAGCGGACGUCCGAUCACAGGCGCAGGAUGACGCGUCUAUCCUGUACGAGGCGUCUUCAUGUGGAGAUCCAGCUGUCAUCAGUCUGCUGCUGGAAUUCGGUGCGGACCCCAAUGUUGCCAAACUCACAGGACACAUGCCGAUCCACCGUGUGGCUCACAGAGGACACCUACAAGCUCUACAGCUGCUGAUUCCAGUAACUUCUUUCGAUGACGUGAGCGACAGCGGGAUGAGUCCUCUACACUCUGCUGCUGCAGGAGGACACACAAACUGCAUCAAGGCCUUGCUGGAUGCAGGUUAUGACCCAAACUACAUGCUCUAUCCCAGGAUUCGCCGUAGCUAUGACGACGAGAGGAAGUCAGCGCUCUUCUUUGCUGUUUCUAAUAACGACUUGCCGUCAGCCAGGAUGCUGCUGGAGGCCGGAGCCAUGGCCAACCAAGACCCUGUUAAAUGUCUGCAGGUUGCGCUGCGAUUGGGCAACUAUGAAUUGAUGGACCUGCUGCUGAGGUUUGGAGCCAACGUCAACUAUUUCUCCAGAAUAAACACGACACACUUCCCCUCAGCCCUGCAGUACGCCUUCAAGGACGAGGUGAUUCUCAGGAUGCUGUGUAACUAUGGCUACGAUGUGGAGCGCUGCUUUGACUGUCCCUAUGGUAACGGCUCACACAUUCCUGAGGACUACGAGGGAUGGACCAACACAGUGAUCAAAGACACCAUGUUCUGCGAGGUGAUCACCGUCUCCUGGCUAAAGCACCUCUCGGGUCAGAUGGUUCUCACUCUGUUGGACUACGUGGAUCAUGUGACUUUGUGCUCCAAGCUGAAGGCGACGCUGAUGGAGGAGCGAGAGUGGCCCGACAUCUGCAGACUGCAAGGUGAGUAA